AUGUGCGGGGGGAUGGCGGCUCACGGUCCGGGCGGGCCGCGGUGCUGGCAGAACCGGCGGGCGCGGCUGCUGUGCAUGCUGGCGCUCACCUUCCUGUUCUUCGUGGUGGAGGUGGCGGUGAGCCGCGUCACGUCGUCGCUGGCCAUGCUCUCCGACUCCUUCCACAUGCUCUCCGACGUGAUGGCCUUGGUCGUGGCGCUGGUGGCCGUGCGCUUCGCCCAGCGCACCCGCGCCACCAAGAAGAACACGUUCGGGUGGGUGCGGGCCGAGGUGAUGGGCGCCCUCGUCAACGCCGUGUUCCUCACCGCCCUCUGCUUCACCAUCCUGCUGGAGGCCAUCGAGCGCUUCACGGAGCCCCACGAGAUCCAGCAGCCGCUGGUGGUCAUCGCCGUGGGGGUGGCGGGGCUCAUCAUCAACCUGCUGGGGCUCUGCCUCUUCAACCACCACGGCGUCGGGGGCCACGGGCACGCCCACGGCCACGGGCACUCGCACGGCGGCCGGCAGCAGCACCCCCGCGGCGGCCCCAAGCCCGAGCAGCCUCCCGGGGACGGGGAGGCUGCGCUGAACCGCGACGAGACCAGCACCUUGGUGGAGAACUGCAGCAGCUCCAACGGAGUCAGCCAGGAGAAGCUGGGUGAUAUGAAAGAUGACAUGAGUGACGUACAAGUGAAUGGGAAUGCUGGCCAUUAUCCUCUGGAUGAAGAGGAAGUUGAAGAAGACUCUAGUGCACAACUUAACAUGCGUGGAGUUUUCCUGCAUGUUUUUGGAGAUGCCUUAGGUUCAGUAAUUGUGGUAGUGAAUGCCUUGCUCUUUUAUGGCUUGUGGAAUCCAUGUCCUGAAGAUGGGCCUUGCUUUAAUCCAUGUGUCAAUAAUCAUUGCAUGGAAAAUGCUACUUUAUCCCAAACACUUGGCAGAGCUGUCGGGUCAGGGCAAGAGAGCAUUACGACGGCUGGUCCUUGCUGGUUGCUGUAUUUAGAUCCUGUCCUCUGUUUGAUUAUGGUCUGUAUACUCCUUUACACAACUUACCCGUUACUUAGGGAAUCAGCCCUCAUCCUUCUACAGACUGUUCCCAAACAAAUAGACGUCCAUUCUUUGAACUCAAAGUUACGUACCCUCGAAGGAGUGGAAGCAAUCCAUGAAUUACACAUUUGGCAGCUAGCAGGCAGUAGGAUCAUUGGCACUGCUCACAUCAAGUGUCCUGACCCUUCCACGUACAUGAUGGUGGCCAAGCGCAUCAAAGAGAUCUUUCACGACGAAGGGAUUCAUGCAACUACCAUUCAGCCUGAGUUUGCCAGCGUUGGCUCUGAGUCAGGGAGAGGGAAAUGUGAGUUUCCUUGCAGGACUCAGUGUGCUUUGAAGCAGUGUUGCGGAGCAGGAGAAGCUAGUACUGCAAAGAAGACAGAAAAAUCCUCGUCACUUAGUAUUUCUUGUUCAGAAGUUGUCAUUGAAUUUCCGAAAACGAGGAGGACUAAGUCGGAGACCAUCCCUUCAGUGAAGCUGGAGGUGAACACCGAUCAAAACGAGCAAUUUGAGUCAUCUUUGUAACUCCCUGAAGGGUACUACCUGAGUUGUGGAGACUUUGUCAACAGCUGUGUUGCAAGAGGAAGAGACAGACGUUUGAGAUGAAAUUUUGCCAAAUAGUGUAAUUGCUGAAGUCCUUGUUCUUGUCAUAUUGCUAAAUAUAGAAUGCUUGUUUUAAAGAAUAUAAUGUCACUGUCAUGAUACAAAGUGUUUGUGUUGACUUUGUUUGACUGAGACAGAGAGAAAGUGCAUCCAUGCUGUAACACUUCGGAAACCCAGUUUCAGCAUUUCAGCAGAGACACUUUUUGCUGUGCUUCAAAUUAAGAUCCUUUUUUCCAGUGAAAAGCUGUUUGAGGGAUAAGCAUGUAGGAGCUCAAUUUGUGUUACAGAUUUCUUCGACCUACUUUUUCCUUUAAUAUUUGAUUUGUAGAUAUCUUAAUAUAUUGUUUAUUUAGAAGCCCUAAGAAAACCAAAGUUCAUAGAACAUUUUUAAAAGAUAUAACUACUAAAAACUGGAAACCACUUUGCAGUUUCACAUUAUUUUUUUUAAAGCUAUGUAAUAAUAAUAAAAAUUGUGAAAGCUUUUCUAGUGAAUUUAUUGCACAGCAUAUUUUAAAGACAACAUCAUGUGAUUUUAAGAAAUUGUCCCCUUUUCUUCUGGUAAGGUAGUGAGGUAAUUGAAAACAACAGUUGUGAAAGGGUUUUUUUCUGUCAGAAUGGCAGUUCAAGCUACUGUAUACUGUUCUGUGAUCAAGACAUGAGACUGGUCGAUAAAGUAACACAGACUUUUACAUUUUAUGGAUUUUCUGCUGUUUUCCCUUAAUUCUAAGUUGUGUCUGUUCAUGAAAGUCUUUGAGGUUUAAAGUAACCUUGGCUCAACAGUGCUAUGAAUAAAUAUUUAGCUGAUGCUGAGUUUACUAAGAUAAAAUAAUUAAUUCUGUCAAUAAGUGCUCUGUUGGGGAGGGUCUGCCAAGCACUGACAGUAUAACUCCUGCUUUCAAGCACAGACAGCAGCUCCCCAAAAAUAACGGUGCAUUUUACUUCUAGCUGAGUGUGUCUGUAAACACUUGCAGUGACUUCAGUCCUGGUUCCCCCUUGUGUCCUCAGGAACCCUCCACUGACUUUUGAGGAAGUGGUGCAGGGAUCACUGUAUUUCACACUUAGAGAUGUUUAUGUAUCACAUAAUUUCACUUACUCAAGUAUCUGAAUCUAUGGUUUAAAAUCUUGACUCAGUGAAUUGACAACUGGCUCUAAUGAAGCUGUUACAGUGUUCUGCCAACUUACACCUUAGGAAAGGGGAAACUGCUCAGUGGACUCUGUGAAUUUGGUAGAGAGGAGAGCUGAAAGAUAAAACAUACAAGAAAUCUAAUCUAAAAUCCUGGCCCUUUUGAUCUACUCUCAUGUUAUGUAUGGAAACUAAUGUCUUGUGAUUAAUGGAUUGCUCCUGAGUGCAAAACUGGAAAAAAACUCAGAUCUUCCAUUCUGCUCUAUUACUCUGGACAUGAUAAACACUUUGCCUCAGUUUCCCUGUCUUCAAAUGGGGAUAAUACCUACCUCACAGGGGUGUUGUGAGGCUUAACUAUUGUGUGAAGAGCUCUAAGAUCUGUUACUGGAAGGCACUGGAAAGAGGAUAAGAUACUAGAUUACCUGGCAUUUACUACUUCUACAAAUGUAUUGCAAUACCUAGGCACAACCAGAGGGAACUGAGGAUAGUUUUGGCCUUACAAAAUUCUUCAGUGCUGUGGUUUUCAGGUUUUUAACAGUAUUUAAAUGUAGAUUUUUUUAAAAAGAAUGUUUUGUUAGUGAAGGGAAUGUAGCUUCGCCUCCAGAUACGGAACAUCUCCCUAGGUUGCAUUUCUAAUUUGUGUCUUGCAUCAUAAUUGCUCCUAAAUAGCACAAAAAGUAGUCCUGCUGCUCAUCGGACCUGGAUUGGCCCAAGUCAUGUCAGUGGUCUUAGCGAAGCUCUCAGCAGAGCAUUGCAGUCAACUCUGGAUUAUCCACGGGUGGGUUACAGUGUUGUGCAUCGCCCGUGCAGUCUGCGGAGCCAAGACCAGCCCCCGUCUCACGCCACGCUCCGGCCGGGCGCUGUGUGCCAAAGCACGGGGAAGCUGGAGGUGCUGGCUCUGCUUCCAGGGAGCCCCAUUGCAGGCUGCAUUGCUGGGCUGCAGCACAGCACUGCCGGGGGUUCUGCCUCUUGGCUGCUCAGAUGCAUCUGCAGGAAGCUGCGGGCUGUGGACAGGUGGGCUCGGCUUUGUGCUGGCUUGGGGUGUUGGUGCUUCGCAGCCACCAGCAUUGCUCCCCUUUUUCUGUGUUUAUGCUUGUUGUAUAGUCUCAUAAACUAACUUAAAUGUGUUAAUAUAGUAUUUAUAUAUGUUUUUGUUUUUUCUGACGUAUCUUAACUCUUUUCUGUUACCUGUAUAUGAUCUAGAGUUGACUGUUAAAUGAGAUCUUGUAUGAGACUACGUUUGCUGAGUAUGCUACCACUGCUACUAUACUACAGAGUAUUAACUGAGUAAAUUUUGAAAUUAACAAAGUA